UAAAGCGCGCUUUUUCGACCGGUUCGGACGCAACGAUUGUCGCACAGGAGUUACGCGACAUGUUACGACGGAAAUAUAUGUCGCGUGAGAUAACUGUUUAGGAAAUAACUUCUUGUAGUUCAAGUUUUUUUUUAAUGUUAACAUGGUGAUUUACUGUAAUUGUUGUCUAAAGUGAGAUUGUUUGCACUGGGGAAAUGUGACUUAAAAAAAAGGCGAUUCCCUUUCGUAAGGCAGUACUACAUUGGAGACUUUCAUAUUUUCUUCCUACCAACGCAUUUUGUCUUAGAAAAUGAUCGGAUAAAUUCUGAUAUUUGAAGUCAUUUUCCAGACAUAUUAAUCAAUCAAUCCAGAACUGCACCUACGUACGUAACGAUGACGUCUGACAUACCGACGUCCACUACCCCCGAACGUCACUUUCUAACGUAAUGAGCCGCCUCUGGACCGCAAUCGUCACCAGCGUCUUAACCCUAUGGAGCACAGUGGCCAGGGGCGGCGGUCCGGGGUCUGGCAAACAAUGUCCGGACCCCGCCACCAAUCCCUUUUGUCACUGUUACGAUUUCGAGAACGGCAUUUACUUGGAGUGUCCCGCCGCCACUGCUCAAACCCUCAAGAUGCUCUUCGAGGUGGUUAAGACGCCCGUGCAGUCGUUGUCGGUUUACGAACCGGAUAAGUCUUUGACGAAAUUGCCACCGAACAUCUUCUCGGAAACGGCGGUGAUCCGACACAUCCAGAUAUCCCAAUCCAAUAUCGAGGAGUUGCACGACGACGCGCUACGUCCACUGAAACCGCACUUGGAAAGUUUCAGUCUGGUGUCGGCUCGGUUAAAAGAAAUCCCUCAAAAAGCUUUCAAGGGCCUUAAUAAACUUAUGGCCCUCGACCUGGAGGACAACUGGAUCACCGAGAUCCCGAGCUACGCCUUUUACGGCCUGAACCUAAUCAAGUUGGGACUUAAAGGGAAUCGAUUGCAAACGAUCAACGACUAUUCGUUUGCCGGACUAGAAGCGACAAUCUCCGAACUGGACAUAUCCGAGAACAAGCUGCGCGACUUCCCAAUGAACGCCCUAAAACGUCUGGAACAACUACGUCACCUCCGUUUGGCUUAUAACGAAAUAACGACCAUAACUGGAGACAGUUACUCCCACCUCAACUCCCUCCUCUACCUCGACCUAAGCUUUAAUAACUUCAAAAGUGUAAAACGUGAAACGUUUAAGGUGUGCCUGGCCGUGAGGACGUUAUCCUUGUAUUAUAACGCCAUCGAGAGUGUGCACGAGGACACCUUUAUUACUUUAAGAGACCUCGAGAGUAUCGACUUGAGCCACAACAAAAUCGUUUACUUAAGUCCGACCACUUUUAGGCACAAUAAAAAAAUCCGAUCCAUCGACUUAAGUCACAACCAUUUGCAUCACAUCAGCGGGGUGUUCGCCUAUUUGCCAAACUUAAAAGAGCUAUUUUUAUCGGAAAAUAAUAUCCUAGAAAUCCUCGAAGAUUCUUUUACAGAAUCCACCAACUUAACAGUCAUCUACAUGCAGGAUAAUGCCAUACGACAAAUAGACCGGGAGGCCUUUUCCACCCUCUCGAACCUAACGCAAUUGCACUUAAGCUCCAACUUUAUCCCUUAUUUAUCCAGGAGCAUAUUCUUUAAUAACCGUAAUUUGAGUUCGUUAAGUCUUGACGGGAACUGGCUAUCAGAUUUAGAGCCAGGUGUAUUCGAGAAAACGUCGGCUCUCAGGGAGAUAAGGCUCCAGAAUAAUAGGAUCCAGUCUAUACACAAAGGGAUAUUUGAUCCGUUGCCAGAGCUCCUUGAAUUGCACUUGCAGAACAAUGCAAUAACGUCAGUAAGCGAGGGCGCAUUUCGCACGUUGCAAAGUUUGCAACACGUAAACCUACAGGGUAACGCUAUACGGGAGUUAACCGAUGUAUUUCCUAAAGAGUCUUCGGCUCUCGUGUCUGUACAGUUAGAUUUUAAUAAUAUAAGUCGAUUAAGCGAGGAAACGUUUAGGCGACAAACAAACGUUCAUAUCAUUUGGUUAGGGAACAAUAGACUGCAGCAUAUUGAACGAAACUUAUUCAAGGACUUAGAGUUAGUGCAAAAAAUGUAUUUAAACAACAACAGCAUUAGCAUGUUAGAAGACAAGGCGUUCGAUUCCAUGCAGAGCAUGAAAUUUUUAGACCUAAGCAUGAAUAAAGUGACAAAAAUCACCUCGAAGACUUUCACGGAACUGCACGAGCUGGAGGAGCUCAGCUUAUCUCACAACAAAAUCCAAACUAUAGAAGCGAGAGCGCUAAUAAAUCUGAAAAAGUUAAGAAAACUCGAUUUAUCCUUUAAUCCCUUAGUGGUGCUGCACAACCCAAUUUUCCAAGAAGGUUUACCGAUUAGGCAGCUCAGUUUGGUAAACUGUUCCAUUGUCAAGAUUGAGCCGAACGCUUUCCGUGGCCUGAACAAUCUUAACGACCUAAACUUGGCCAACAAUAAAUUAUCCGUCCGCGAUCUUAGACACCUCGACAUACCCGGAUUACGUGUCCUAAAGUUAUCCCACAAUAACUUGAGCGAUUUAGACGACCGGGCCCUUAAUGGUUUGCCCUCGUUGCAAGUGAUCGCCCUGGAAAAUUGCACGAUAUACAACUUACCGGCGGAGGUGUUCGCCCAAAAUAAGAACCUUAUGAAAAUCGAAUUGAGUUUUAACUUCUUGUCCACCCUACACUCGAGGAUUUUCGCUCAAUUAAACAUCCUGAAGGAACUGAAACUGAACUUUAACCGGUUCGCCCAAAUACCGCACGCCGCCCUCGGGAACGUAUCGACGAUGGAAACUUUAACCUUAUCGCGGAAUAACUUCGUUUCUCUCGAAGUGUUUCACCUAAACGGGAUGCCGAACCUGAAAUAUCUGGAUCUGGGUCAUAAUUCGAUAUCCGGACUCGGCGGGUUUAGCACGACGAACUUAAAUCAACUUCUGUCGGUUGAUUUGAGCGGAAAUAAGUUGUCGACUCUGCCGGCCAACUUUUUUUACCACUCUCCGCUAUUGCGACGGGUUGAUUUGUCCGUGAAUCGGUUCGAGCACAUACCGAAUGCCGCUUUAUCCGAAACUGCUUUGCCUGGAUUAGGAUGGCUGAACAUCUCCGGAAAUCCUAUUGUCAAUAUGCACUACAACGAUCCUGUUCGGAGUUAUCCUUCUCUUGAAGAGAUGCACCUUCAGCACAGCGACCUGAUCAUCAUAACCAGCAAAGAGUUCGAGCUUUUUCCCUCCCUACUGCAUCUGCAUUUGAGUUACAAUAAAAUCCGAACCAUAUCACCAGGAGCUUUCAGUACUUUACACCAACUGAUCACCCUGGAUAUCGGCGUUAACCAGAUAAAAAUCAUCCCAGAGGAGCGACUCUAUGGACUGUUCAAUCUGAAGAUGCUUAAUGUGACCCAGAACUCCCUGAAGGAUUUGGACACGGAGUUCCCUCAGGACUUGAGGAGCCUUCAGGUGCUGGAUUUGUCUUUUAACAGGAUCAGCAGAAUAAAAAGGGGAAUCUUCGACAACCUGUUGAGCCUCACAGAUUUGUACCUGCAAGGAAACUGGAUCUCCAAUAUUUCUCCAGAUGCCUUCAAACCCCUGCGAAGGAUACGAGUUAUGGACUUUAGCGACAAUCAGUUGUUGCAAGUUCCUUUGGACGCCUUUAGGCCUUUGGAGACUCAAAUCAAGAGUAUACGACUUCAAGGUAACCCUCUGGUUUGCAACUGCGACGCCGAAGAACUGUGGGAAUGGUUCAAAGAUCAUCGCAAACAAACCACUCCUCCGACAAACGAGGAACUCCUUUGUCGCCAACCGGAUAACUUAAAGGGAAUGACAUUUAAAGAGUUGGACCCCAAUCAGUUCUGCGACGAGCCGUUGGUGGUCAAAAUCGGGAUACAAGACAUCCAACCGUUUUCGGUGCUCGUGUCCUGGCAAAGUAGGAAUCAUUCUGGAUUGCACGGGUAUCAGGUGGCUUAUUAUUCGAUGGAUACGACCGAUGAGAUUAGGGGCAAGACACUGGACCAAUCGGCACGCACCCUAAAACUAAGCCAUCUAUAUCCAGGAAUUCGAUACAGAAUUUGCGUGAUAGCCUUGGGAAAUUGGGAUACGUCCAGAUCAAUGAGAACGUCAUCGUCGACCUCUCGUCUGGCUAUGAUCAAACCAAUAACCGAGCAAAACGAAACGCAUUUACGACAAGACGGUUUCGACAGAUUACACGACGAUAUCGUUAGGAGUUUGAUCGAUUCGGGGUCGACCAAAUGUACAGAGGUUCUUACACUCGGCGCUCCCGAUCUGAGCGUGUUGCAAGACCACACUUUGGGAGUUCAAUCCAUCUUAACCAGACGCCUUGGGCUGAUAGUCGGCUGCUGCUUAGGAUUUAUCGUUUUCAUUUUGCUGGUUUCGAUCUUGGGAUAUCUUAAGAUCAAAAAGCAACGACGAGCCCUUAAACGUGACCAACCUAGCGCACCCCCCGAAUACAUGUCCUAUAGGCACUUCUCCAUCCAGAGCGCUGAGUUAGCUGAGAGGUCUGGACAUCCCCAUUUUAUCACCGAUAUGACUAAUACAACGACACUAAACUAAGGAACACGUUUUAUAUAAAAGAACACCCUUAAUGUAUCAAAAAAACCCCACCACCGAAGUAGAUAGCAUAAACAUUAAGUUAAAAUUAUGUAUAAUAUUUAUAUAUAAUUUGUUUGUUGUUUAUUAACGAAUCAUUUUGUUAUUAUAUGUAUAGAAUAUAUGCGUUAACACUUUAAAAAAUAAAUGAUGACAUAUGUUUUAGAAUAAC